AUGAGCUAAACACAUCACACACCAGCCGCAGUGGCUCCAUUUUCUAGCGUCUAACGUUGAACUUUCGUUGGUUCACCUUUUUUUGUAAGGACAAAUUUGUUUUUUUCCAUCUUCGUUUUACUGAAACGACGAAUUUUUCAAGAUGGGGGGCGGCGACUUGAACUUGAAAAAGAGCUGGCAUCCCCAGACUAUGAAAAAUAUCGAGCGUGUUUGGAAAGCUGAACAGAAACACGAGGCUGAACGCAAGAAGAUCGAGGAGCUCCAGAAAGAAUUAAAAGAGGAACGAGCCAGAGAAGAAAUAACAAGAUUUGCAGAAGAAGCUGGUUCCAUCAAAAAGAAGGAUGAUCGUCUGGACUGGAUGUACCAGGGCCCUGCUGGUCAGGUGUCCAGAGACGAGUAUCUGCUGGGACGUUCCAUUGACAAGCAGAUCACCGAUCAAUACGAGGAGCCUGAGAGUGGUCCAUCGGCUGAAACUGGCCUCCUGCCUGGCUCCAUUUUCAACCCCACCACUCCUGCCUCCAAUCUCGACCUGGCUGCCAAGAUCAGGGAAGAUCCCCUGUUUGAGAUCAGGAAGCGCGAGGAAGAAAAGAAGAGAGAGGUCUUGAGUAAUCCAGUGAAGAUGAGGAAAAUUAAAGAAAUGCUUCGCCAAAAUCUUGACAAGAAAGACAAAAAGAAGAAAAGGAAGAAGGAGAAAAAGGAGAAGAAAGGAGACAAAGAGAGAAGAAAGGAGAAAAAGCACAAGAGAAGAAGUUCUAGUUCAAGCUCAGAUGAGGAGGAAGAGAAAAAACACAGGUCACAUUCACGUGAUGACUCUUCAGCAGACACCAAAUCUCGUUCCCAUCAUAUUCCUGGCUAUGGCCUUCUGCUCCCAGCUGGUAGACACCACCAUUCCUCAGCUACCUCCAAUCACUCAGGACGGCGCGAGAGGAGUCACUCCCGAUCGCCUCACAGGAACAACAGGGACACUCAUGGCUACUCUUCAUCCUCACACAGAGGCGACAGGAAGGUUGAGCCCAGAGCGUCCAGCCCAGAGAGAGACCGUUACCACAGACAGAGGCACCAUGUGUCCAAGAAGCUCUCUGCAGAAGAGUUGGAGCGCAAGAGGCAGGACAUGAUGGAUCAGGCCAAGCAGAGGGAGGAGGACAGGGAGAAUAAUGUGAAGAGAUACAAGAGGCAAGACGAGCAGGAAAAGCAGCGGGAACAAAAUACCAAGCACGACCGCCACGCUGGCUUCAUUCAUAACAUGAAACUGGAGAGUGCUGCCAGCUCUUCUCUAGAGGACAGAGUGAAGAGGAAUAUCCACUCCAUUCAGAGGACGGCAGCCUCUCUGGACAACUUCAUGAAGAGAUGAAGACGACACCUUUUAUCAUACAGAUGAACUGAACUGACUAAAAAGACCAGCCAGGAGUACGCCACCCAUUCUUUUAUCGAUCCCUUUAGUGUAUUGAAGCAGUUGUGUAUGUGUAACAAACUGAGGAUGGGUGCUGUGGUGGUGUCAAAGUUCGUACAAGGAACUACAUGGCUCCACACCUACCUGUAGCUCAUAUUUUGAAAAGUAGUUUCCACAAAUGUAACAUAAUUUAUAUUUCAGACUACUUCAGGCAGAUCUGUUUUUAUUACUGUCCUAAUCGUCAAUGGUCCUUUAAGAUUCAUGUGAUCCGAACUUUGUACAGUAUAUUGUAUUCGUUUUUACAGUAUUAUAGAACCUUCUUUUAUCUUGUCAGGUUUUUGUAAUACAUUUGUUACUUAGUGUACUCCUCUCUGUGAGUGGCGAAUGAAAUAAAAACUAAUUUCCUUUGCUCCAAUGUUUGUUGUUACUGGCGACACUUUGUCGCUCAGAAACUACUAGAUAGGGCUGUGCUAGAUUACAAUAUAUGUUUUGUAAAAAUAUAUAAAAAUGUCAAUCA